UUACAAAUGGACCACAGAAAGCCUAUGGGAGCGACUGAUCCGACAGCAAAGAGCCGUGUUCGUAAAGCCAUAUCUCGAACACCAGCAGCCCAAUGGAACCGCACGAUGUUGAAGGAGCUUCAGACCAUCCUAGAGAGGAAUCCUGAGGUCGAUUUGCAAUCCUGUUUCAAGCCCACGUACUUGGACAAGCUAAGAAUGCUUAAAAAUCCCCCUCAGCCUCAAAACGAUGAUUCCUCAGUCCCGAAACACCAUGCCAUCCGCUCCAGAUUAAACUUGAAGGACCAAGCUACGAUCAUUGCCGAACUCUCAACCGAAGUUGAGGCCCUUCUUCAAUCUGGGCGGAGUCUCUCCGAAACCCUCGUGAAUCUGCUAGAGAAUGGCGAGCUUCUCUAUGAGGGCGCGGCCGCUUCCGUCAUGAACAACGAUCCCUCUUAUACCUACGAGAACAUUUGCCCAAUUUUCCCGCACCGAGGCCGCAUGGCCUAG